UUGUGACUUGAAACGCGUUGUGAGCCAUAUCGGUGUGAGUGCUAGCGUCUCCCUGUCGGACGAGGGUGUGUAGAGGCCGACCUGUGGACAGCUACACAGCGAGCUGUCACCGGGCAAAGUUUAUCGUGGAGCCUACUUGUCCAGCUCUUAUCUCCCCUGAGGACACACAGAGAAAGACGGGCAGCAGGAGAGCAAAGAGACGCCGAGCCGCCUGUCCUCUCUGUCGUGGCCCGCUGUCUGCUCCUGUCCUCUUUACUCAUCCGAGCCCCCGGUGACCCGCUGGAGCCAUGGGUGGGAGUCUGGGCUGCCACCGCUCCAUCCCCAAGGACCCCACAGACUUCAGCUGCGGAAAGCGCAAAUUCAGCGCUGCGUGUAACUUCGGCCACAUUCUGGUGAACCAGGAGCGGCUUAACAUCAACACAGCCACCGAGGAGGAACUCAUGACUCUACCGGGAGUCAACCGCACUGUUGCGCAGAAUAUCGUUGAGUACCGGGACUGUAUCGGGGGGUUUAAGAAGGUAGAGGACCUGGCUCUGGUGAGCGGUGUCGGUGCCACCAAACUGGAGGUGAUCAAACUAGAAAUAUGCGUCUCCAGCAGGACAAGUUCGUCCCAGCACUCUCCGUCCUCCCUGCGAAAAGAUCUGGAUCACCUGUCCUGUACCGGGAUGAACAUAAACACGGCGACCCCGGCGCAGCUCAUGAGCAUCCGAGGUAUUACGGAGAAAAUAGCCAAGAACAUCGUAGCGUACCGGGCGGAUCAUGGCCCGUUCAAAAGCAUCGAAGACCUGGUGAGGGUCCAUCACAUCAACAGCUCCCUGCUGGACAAAAUCCGCUUCCAGGUGUUCGUGGAGCGAUCCAGGGCGCCAUCUACCAACACCAACGGGGGGCUGACUUGCACCACCAAGUCCCACCCCAGCCCGACUUCAUUCAGUCUCAUGAUCGACGACCUGGACCUCCCGCCUGGGGGACCGACCCAGAUCAUCUCUGUGCGUCCCAUCGUGGAGCCCCCGCCAGCCCUGCGUGACGGGAAGCCCGUGGUGCGCCUGGGCACCUGGAGCCUGCAGGGCUGCUCCUGCGAUAAGGCCAACAACCCUGGAGUCAAAGAGGUGGUGUGCAUGACCCUGCUGGAGAAUGACGUCAAGUUACUGGCAGUUCAGGACCUGCUGGAGCGGGAGGCUCUUGAUAAGUUCUGUUUGGAGAUAAACCAAGGAACCCUGGCCAGCGUACGGAAGUGGAAACGGCCACGAGGGCUGUGGAAAAGUGUUGUGUCUGAAAAACCCACUGGACGCUUCAGUAAGGGAGCGAGCUACUCUGGCUUUCUGUGGGACAGUUCAUCUGGUAUUGAGCUGAGGGAUGCUGCAGUCCUGGAUCCUCCUGCUGUAAAUGGUAACAGGAAUCAUACCUACCCUAAACUCUACCUGGCUCACUUUUCUGUUGGUGUGUACGAGCUGACGAUGGUGAACGUCAACCUGCAGGGCACAGCUACAUCGGGAGAAUCCAGCGGCACAGGUGAAGCCCAGUGUCAUCGCCUUUCCCCCAUCAUUCAGGAAACACUCAAAGGUGAGAAGGAUUUGGUGGUGUUAGGAGAUUUUGGCUCUCCUCCUCAGAGCUCAGAACUGGAUAUACUGAGAAAGGAGAAGCUCUGUGCCCUGGUACCAUCCACCCAGUUCACUAAUAUCAGCACACGCUCACCACAGGGCACCCACUGUCUCGACAACAUCUGGCUGAGCCGCUCCCUAAAAAAGAUCUACUCAGGCCACUGUAUGGUAGUGCGGGAGGGCUUGACCAAUCCCUGGAUCCCUGACAAUUGGUCAUGGGGUGGUGUGGCAUCAGAUCACUGCCCUGUGGUGGCAGAGUUUUACACAGAUGUAUCACCAAAGGACUUCAGCAGGCCAGGUAUGGCAGUGGUGGACAGAGGAGACAUUAUGCCCAAACAUGAGCGGUGACAACAUCCACAGUGACAAUAAAGACGUCAGUGGAUGACCUCACCUCAGAUGCCCUGCCAGGAUUCUGAUUUGUCUUGGUAGGAGACUAAGCAGGACAUGGACAUGGAGCACAAGACUUUCCUGAUGAAUGUGAAGAAGUGCCAAGUUUGCCUUUAGGGUUUCAAUUUACAUUGUACUAACUGUUAAGUCAUAGAGCCAUAAAAAUGUUCAGGCAAAAUAUAUAUCAUGUACUUUAAAAAGUGCCAAACAUUUUCUACAUGUAUAUACAAUAAAGAAAAAUGAAUAAAUGUU